AUGUCACAGGAAAGCAUCUCAUAUUUAGAAGCAUCGGCUAGGUUCUCACAGGAGUCACGCCUACUCCCGGGCUCCCGCUUCAGGGUUCCCGGUUUUGCGUGCCUCCGGGAUGAUAAGAACAACGGAAAAUGCGGUAGCUGCAUUUUAGUUUCGAGAUCCAUCCCAUAUUCCCAGAUCACCCUCCCUCCACAUGACAGUAACUGCUUCAAUGUAGUGGCUGUUAGAGCCUUAGAUAUAUCUUUUUUAUCCGUUUAUAUACCUGAUCCUAACAUGUCCAUCCUAACAAAUCUAUUCUCAAUCAUUGGUGCCCUCCCCCCUCCUGUUGCUGUAUUGGGUGACUUUAACAUCCACCACAGUUCAUGGGGCUGUUAUCAGAAUGAUUCCCUAUCCUCCGCCUUCCUUGACCUAGUUGAUGACCACAACCUCUGCAUCCUCAAUGACGGCUCCCCCACACGUAGAGUUCUUCCUGGCCAGAACCCAAAAUCCGCUGUAGACCUUUCUCUAUGCACUCCAGCCACCUCUUCGCGCCUCACAUGGCUUACGCUGUGCAAUACGCAUGGCAGUGAUCAUUUUCCCAUCCUUAUGUCCUUUCCUGACUCCUCUAAUUAUAUACUCCCUCCUCGCAACCCUCGACUUAAAUUUAAUUUGUCUAAGGCGGACUGGACCCUGUUCUCUCAGUCUGUUGACGCUCUUUUGGUUAAUCUUUCCCCAGUCCCCCAUGAGAACACCCAUGCUGCUUACUCCAUCUUUAGGAAUGCUUUACUUUCAGCAGCAGAGACAGCGAUUCCUACUAAAAACGCUUCUAGGGGUAAAAUCCCAUCACUUCCCUGGUGGGACUCUGACUGCUCUGAUCUAUGUAAACAACGUAAAGAAGCCGAGAUGGAGUACGCGUUACACAUGUCUCCAGCUAAUUACAUAAGUUAUAAAGAAGUAGCUGCAAGGACAGUCAGAACACUAUCUGAACGAAAGAGACUGGGCUGGAACAUGUUUUACGCUGCUGGUAGCAGUACCGAGUUCGUCAAUAUAUACCCCAGGAAUCGGCUUCCAGAAUGCGGUAACGAAGAAAGUUUGAGUGAUGUGGUUGCCACUAUAAACGCAGAAGUUCAACUUGCAAUCCAGCAAGCCCUACCUGGUUUUUUAACAGAGGUCACUACAUCGGUCACCAGGGCAAUCGAAAAAAAGUUUGCCGAGUUUGAAAACUCUGAGAAAACAUUAGGUAACUUAUACGACAUCGUCAAAAGUUCCGCCGCCAAAAACUCAGUCACCAUCAAAAAAAUGCAGUCAGAGAACACCAAUCUUACCAUACAACUGAAAUCACUACAGUCUAAACUAAAUGCUAUGGAAGAAGCAUCCCUAAAGCAAGAACAAUGGUCCAGGCUUCAGAAUGUCGAAGUAGUGGGGGUUCCUGAGAGUGCUGGUGAAUCACUGCCAACUAUUAUAAAUGGUAUCGCGAAGCAGCUCAACAUAAAAAUUUGCCAACAGGAGCUGGACUUCGUCCAUCGUAUUCAAGCGAAGAGAUCAGUAAAAGGAGCACCUCGUAAUUUAAUAAUCAGAUUCCAUAGUCGUUCAAAGAAGGAUGAGGUUUUGUCAGCCGCUCGGAAAUGUCAUGGUUUAACCUCGAAGGAUAUUGGAAUGCAGGAUUUCGAGAAAGCCUUCGACCGCGUUGAUCAUAUCAUACUACUGCAAAAACUCCAACAGCUUGGUAUACACGUGGAUCUAUACAGGAAGAUCUAG